UAUCAAGUAGGGUAGAAAGUUACAACGAGAUUUAAGAAAGGCGUGCUUAUCAUAUCAGCUAGAUUUAAACGUUGAGAUCGGGGACCGGAUAUUACCUCACCGGGAAGCUCUCAAAGCACAUGUUGUGUAUUCCAUUCAUUCGAGGACAGCUAGCUUGGCGUUUAUAAUUAACACUGGACUUACGAUAAGUUACCUGAAGGUUCAUAAUAACCCGUCAUUGUGUCACACCUGUAUUGUACGGCGAGGGAAUGCCAUCGUUCAGUGUGUGUUGACAGUUUAUGAUAUAUAUUUAGUACUGGCACAUAAACAAGACAGAAGAAUGCAGGAGGCUCGGUAAUAAUGACAGUGUUGUGUUACAUUCGGAGGAAGAUUCUGGUGGUCCUGGGGGUAUUCACGUCCCUGGGGUUGAUAACAGGGACCGUCACUCCCUGGUGGGUGGUGAUAGUGAGCAAGGACAGGCGUCUUGUGAACGGAUUGUGGUACUCGUUGUCUUGUGAUGUGUCCUCAGGACUAUCCCUGUGUAAAAGUCUACUGACCACUUCAGAUUCCACCAUAGGAAGCGUGCGGCUGGAGUACGGUCUUCUAACAUUGUUUGGGGUAGCCCUUUGUAUGUUGGCCACCGUGUUUCUAGUCAUCUAUAACCCCCGGGAGGACUCUGUGAGGUCUACCCUCGCCGGCUGUCUAACCGUAGCCCUCUAUCUUGUAUCAGCACUCUUGACGUGGAUAGCGGUAGGAAAGGCCUGUGUUGAUAACGUUCGGCUUCGACAGACCCACGAUCUAGACGGCCCGUGGUCCCUUGUUGUAUCUGCAGUAGCAGGAACUAUGCCAAUAUUUAUGGUUGUUGUUAUUUCAUUUAGAAUACACAAUAAUGUCAAAAACAUAAGAAAAGAGCGGGAGCAGAAAAGGAAAACCCGCCAAUUUUACGAACAGCGUAGUUGCCAUAGUAGCAUGACGAUGCUAGGCAACACGGGGACCUUGCAGUCAAGUUCAUUACAUUCCAGCGUCCACUCUCUUGACAUUUCAUUUUCUAAUCAUCAGGAAGUGAAUUCUUUAAAUAGUUUAAGCAUGGAAUUCAAAGAAGACAUUUCCAAAUCUCCAAUAUUCACCGAGAGCAAGUCGCCCAUUUUCCCAGCGGAUUCUAUUCCUUACAAGUUUCCUGUCAGUCCGUCAUAUUGAGGACAUAUCGGUGUUUUUUGACAUGUCUUUCAUUGAGUAUUUGGAUAUUGAGUAUACAAAGCAGUUUUGUCCCCAGAAUGGUGAAUUAUUAACAUUUAAGACAUGAAAGAUCACAAUAGCAUUACAGUCAAUCUAGAUAUAAAAAUCCAGUUUUGAUAUUUGACAAUCUGUAUUCCAUGUACAGUGCGUAUAGAACUUUAUAUGUACAUAUAUUGUAAUAUUCACAAAUGGUGCUAUUCAUGACUUCAUAAUCAUAUUUUCGUAUCUCUACAACCGUCCUUUCUCAUAACAAUACAUCUCUUUGCUCCACA